AAUGGUGUUGCAAAGGCACCCACUUUGUUGUUUCUUGUGUAAUUCUGGAUUGUGCAAUAAAAGAGUUCUCAGCUGCUUUGCUUUACUGGCUGGUUUAUUUUUUUACCAACAGUGUUGAGUCAACAAGACUUGUGAAUUUUCCAUGAUGUGAAGCUUGUGCCGAAAAUGAUUAAUUCUUGAGGAGGAGAGGAGAGAAGUGAUUAUAGGAUGUGGGUCUGAGGAAUGGGAACAAAAAUGCAGUGCAAAAGCUAUUUGCCAGGGUAUUACUCAGUUAGGGAUCUUAAUGAGGAUCCAAACAAUUGUAGCUGGCCUUUAUACUAUGGAGAUAAAACCUUGCCAAACACCCAAUAUUACAAUGGUUUCUUGCAGAGGGCCCCUAUAGAUGCUUAUCAAGGGUAUGGCAAAGAUGCUGUAAAGCAGACUAUGCUUAAGCAUGAGGCCAUAUUUAAGAAUCAGGUGUAUGAACUUCACCGCGUGUAUAGAAUACAAAGGGACUUGAUGGAUGAAAUCAAAAGAAAAGAACUGCAUAGAAACCAUAUGCCUGUGGAGACAUCACUAUCAUCAAGUCCCUUGGCAUCUCAAAUUACUUCUGAACAAGCUCGGAAAUGGCCCGAUUCUAGCUUUCCUUUGGUGAAUUCUGUUUAUGUGGGACAGUCAAGUUCAGGUGCUGAAGGCAUUCAUUCUCAAUCUAGUGCCAUUAAAGGGAAUGGCCAGAAAAAUGGUCUUUAUCCAUGUCAAAAUGGGACUAGUUCAAAAGAUGUUGAGUUGUUGGAUUCACGACCUACUAAAGUGAGGAAAAAGAUGUUUGACCUUCAACUUCCAGCUGAUGUGUACAUAGAUUCUGAAGAAGGGGAAGAGUGCAGUGACGAGAAAGUUUCUGGCAUGCCUAGUUAUCAGUCAACUAAAAAUUGUGAAAUCGCACCCGAAGGUGGCGGGAAGGUCUUUUUUGGUGAUGGCAGGAAGACUGACCAUGCAGGAGAUGCUUUGAGAUCAGAGAGAUGUCCAAGGAGCGCAAAUGGUUUUGCUGACUUGAAUGAGCCCAUUGAACCUGAAGAAGCAAGUGCUUCAGGAUAUGCUGAUCCUCCGGGCCAUGAUUCUUUUCGGGGAAAGAUCCAAAUCCCUGAUCUGCCUGAUAAGUCAAGGUCACAGUUUCUGGGUGAUGGAGCAAGAAAUGGGUGGUUCUCCCAUGUUCUUGAAUCAGGGCAAAAUAAAAGCAACCUCAAAGUUGUUUCCCAGUGUCUUCAAACGGAGAGGUUGCCUAUAUCCUCCCAGCCAGUCCAAGUUUCUGCUAACAAUGUUCAUGAACAAAAUUUCUAUCUGACGGAUAAAAGCAAGGUGGAUCUGUGGAGAGAGAGUACAGUUUCUGGUGUUGAGAGUUGUGAAAGAAGUAAUGAGUUUUCCAGUAACAAGCAUCAGAGUACUUUUAUAGCGUCUAAUGUGCCCAGUCCAUAUCCCAUUCUUUCUUCUGAUUUGGCCAAGUCCUGGAAUCUCUCGGUUUCUUCUUGGGAAAAGCCAAGCAGUAGCUUAAGCCAGAAGUCAAUGUUAGGUCAAGCUCACCAGUGUUUUAAUUCUUCUGCUACCUUGAGUAAGAGUUCCCAGUCAUCGGUUCAGAGUAAUGGGAUUUUUGGAGACAGGUGGCAUCUCAACAACAGUUCUAGAUCUAACCAAGGUUCAGGAAGUGAAUUGCCGUACCAAAAUGGGUUCAAUCAUGGUUCCUCUUCUGGGUCUAAGGAGCAACUGGUUCGCUUUCCUUCUCUUAACUGCGACUAUCAGAGCAGCAGCAACAAUCAUAAUGGAGGUUCUGAACAGUUGAUGAGUUAUGGUUCAGCAACGUACUACAAGGGUUCAAAUCUCUUGGAUGUGAAGUCUGCAAAGGAAGUAAACUUGAACGUGAUGGUUUCAAACAGUUCAUCUAAUGAAGAAAUACCCCAGAGAGGUCUUAAAAUCAUGGGUGGACAACAAAAGCAUGACGAUCCUCUUGCAGCUUUGCCAUGGCUGAGAGCUAAGCCUGCUGGUAAGAAUGAGUUUGCCAAUGGUGGCAGUGUUUCAAAGACCGGUGAGCCGAGUUUCUUUCAGUCUUCUGUGAAUAAUUCAUCCAAUAAAAUUGAAGCUGGAAAGGGUUUCAAUCAAAUUUUUACUAGUGUAAAAUCAUUUUCUUGCGGGAAUGAUGAUGAAGCAAGGAGGACUGAACUAGCUGAUAGCCCAAGUAAUAGAAAACUUCUUGGAUUUCCUAUUUUUGGGAAGUCUCAGCUUUCAAAGAAUGAGUCCUUUUCUCUCACCUCCCCUUCUGUGUCUAUUCCUCACCCAUCAGAGAGUGAUGUGGAAAAUAAUAGGAGAAACAGAUUGCUGGACAUCAACUUGCCUUGUGACACUGCAGCUCCUGACUUGGCCAGAAAGAAUGUAGCAGGCAUUGUAAUGGUAGAAGAUGGAAGGGAUAAACAGUUUGGUAAUUUAAGACGUCACAUUGACCUGAACUUCUGUAUCAGUGAUGAUGAAGCAUCUUUGAAACCUUCUGCUCCAAGAACCAGUAUGAAGAUUGCAGUGGAGAUAGAUUUGGAAGCCCCCAUUUCUCUGGAGACUGAUGAUGAGGAUGAUGUUAUUCAUGGGGAAGCAUCUGCAGAGAAGCAGAACAAGAUGUCUUUAGCAUUACCACAUAAAGAAACGGAACCUUCUCGAGAUGAGCUUGCGAGAGAAGCAGCAGAGGCAAUUGUUGCCAUUUCAUCAUGCGGUGUUCCCGAUCCUAUGGAUGAAUCCUCUUGCAAUCUAGCAGAAGCAUCUUUAGUUGACCCUCUUAUGUGGUUUGUGGACAUAGUUUCUACUUGUGGGAAUGAUCUUGACAGCAAGUUUGACACUGUUAUGAGAAGCGACAAUGGUGAAGGUAUUGAAGAAUCUCUAGUAGAAGAGUUUGAUUACUUUGAAUUUCUCACUUUGAAACUGAAGGAGACCAAGGAAGAAGAUUACAUGCCCAAGCCUUUGGUUCCGGAAAAUUUAAAGUUUGAAGACUCAGGAACCAAUUUACUAUCAAAUACGCCCCGAAGGGGCCAGUCAAGGAGAGGGAGGCAGCGGCGGGACUUCCAAAGGGAUAUCCUUCCCGGCCUUGUUUCUUUGUCGAGGCAUGAGGUAACAGAAGAUAUCCAGACAUUUGGAGGGUUGAUGCGGGCAACAGGCCAUCCUUCAUGGCAAUCAGGGUUGGCAAGGAGGAACUCAACAAGAAAUGGUAGUGCUAGGGGCAGGCGACGAGCAGUGGUGAGUCCCUCACCCCCUGUGGUCAUCAUCCCAGCUUGCACUCCCCCGAUACAGCAGUUUAGUAAUACUGAAAUGGCACUGGAAGAUAGAAGCCUAACAGGGUGGGGUAAGACUACCAGAAGGCCCCGUAGGCAAAGAUGUGCGGCAGGUAAUCCCCCCUCUGUUCCUUUAACCUAAAAACAUGGGAAGAGACUUUUAACUUCUUGAUUGAGUUCUAUAGAGGAAAAUAGGGCGUUAUAUCUAUGGCUUCAGGUUGAGGUUGCCAUUCGGAUUAUCCUAUCUGUACAUUUCUUAGCCCAAAGCUUGGGUUGGCUUGGUUUUUCUUUCUUUGGGUGGUUACCAUCUUUGUAUUAUUCUCAUAAAUAAUGAACGUUGCAUGAUUUAUUCCCGGAUAGAUACCAGUGUUCGUUUUCUCAUUUGCUUAAUGCAUUGCCACUCUUCUGGG